AGAGAGGUGAAACGCUUCAAAUGCGGAAGAUCUGACUUCACAGUGUACAGUAGACCGCGCUGAGGUUGCGCGCUAUUACUGGGCUUCCCUAGGUGUGAAUUGACACCUUAAGGUAAACAGAAUUAUCUGGAUGGACAUCGAUUGUUACAUAACUUCCUGCAAAAAAGUGACUGAAGUGGCGACACAUUUAGACUGGAUUGAUUUUUGGGGGCCCCACUUCAGCAACCCGUGGCCCCUCGGACCGAGGAAAUAAACCCAACCCCGAACCGGGCUCGAUGCCUAAAGAGAGGCGGAGGUCGCUGAGAGAGGCGGCGUUAUCCCGGUUGUCUCCUAUUUGCGACGGAUCGGGCAGAGGAGGAGUAGGACGCGAAAGAAACUUUUCAUCCACAGAGAUUUGUGAUGAUCAGACACACAUGGCGGAACAGUACAGUGGGCGAGCGAGCUCAGACGCUAACCCGGUGAGAGAGUGCCAGGUGCCGCAGGUGACGAUCACUUCGGAUGGGGACUCGCGGGAGAUCACGCACGAUGACCUGGAGGAGGAGGGGGAGAUCGGACGACUGCGCCGUAAACUCUCAAACUCAUCCCUCUCUUCCAAUGGCUCCUCCACGGGGUUUGAAGAAUCGGAGGAUGACAUCCUCAGUGACAACGAGACCAAAAGCAAAGGGAUCGUGACGUUGGAGCAUUGCGGGGACUCUGGAGCAUUUGGAGAGUUCAACAACACCAGGUGGAAGCUGAAGACCCUUGUCCAUUGCCAUUUGCUAACUUCACAUUCAAGGCGACUGCCAUGGGUUCAGUUGGCAGGCCAUGAAGGCAACUUCAAAGCAGCAGAUGAAGGCUCCAUAUUGAAAAAGUUCUCUGAGAAUGAGAAGAUGUGUUUCGAGUGGCUGAAAGAGGAUGCUUUAUAUUCCUUCGUGCCAAGCUACUAUGGAGUGGUGGACAGAGAUGGCGAGCUCUUUCUAAAAAUGAAAGACUUACUGGCCGGCUUUGAGUCACCAAAUGUCAUGGACUGCAAGAUGGGAAUGAGAACAUAUCUGGAGGAGGAACUGGUACUGGCCAGGGUGAAGCCAAAAAUGCGUGAAGAUUUGUACAAAAAGAUGCUGGAUGUGGACAGUACGGCACCUACACCUGAGGAAAAACACAAGCGGGCGAUAACAAAACCACGCUACAUGCAGUGGAGAGAAAGCGUCAGCUCUACUAACACACUUGGCUUCCGUAUUGAGGGUAUCAAGAGGGGUGACAACUGCAGCACAGACUUUAAAAGGACGCGGUCAAAAGAAGAUGUCACUCAAGUCUUCAGGGAUUUUGUCCAUGGCAAUAAAAACAUAAUCAACUCAUAUAUUACAAGACUUGAAGAUAUUAAACAGGCUAUGAUGAAAUCAGAGUUCUUCAAAAAACACGAGGUCGUUGGAAGCUCACUGCUGUUCAUUCACAAUCACAAAGGCAGAGCUGAAGUCUGGGUCAUUGAUUUUGGUAAAACCAUUCCUCUCCCAGAAGGACAGACCUUGGAUCACUACAAACCCUGGGCGGAGGGCAACCGAGAGGAUGGAUACUUAUGGGGCUUUGACAACCUGUUGCAGAUACUUGCAUCACUGGCCAGAGAAUAGUCUUACUGACUUCUCAUUGCAAACUUUUUACUGUGACAGGACGGAUGAUGAUAAUAGACAUUUACAGUACAAACCUGGGGAGGCAUCAUUGUGUAAAAAAAUGAUUACUUUACAGUAUUAAGCUGUAAAAGCAUUUCACUGUCAGAACAUAAUCGUGGCUUUGAAAACUCAAAUUUGUCUAAAGUAUUGCAAUUUAUUUUUAACAUAUUGUCUGUAUUUGUGUGCAUUUUAUGUGCUCUACCGGUCAAAACUUUGGACACACAAACUGAAGUAUGGAAAUGAUGCUGCGAUCAAAACGGUAUUGAAACACGUUAUACUUUAUCUUUGAUCAAUUUGUCUAGAUUACGCACCAUCUAAGCAUUCAACCUUAAAGACGGAGUGCAAGAUUUUUUAAAAAAGCUUUGGAAAAGGCAGUCGGGCCGAGUACCAAAACACACAUGUAGCCAAUCAGCAGUAAGAGGCGUGUCUACUAACCGACAUCGUUGCCUGGGUUGCGAAUGUGUCUAUCAAAAGAAGGUCCAGAUUCUAUUGGGGUAGGGGUGUGUUUGUUAAGGUGAUUUCAAAUAUCAACACUGGCUUUCAGAGAUCAAGCACCCCCCCCUUUAACUUAAUGAGGUGCAUGCUGGGAUACUUCUACAGUAUUGGAGUGUUUGGUAGUUACCUGUUGACUACUUUACAUUA